AUGAAUAGAGUUUAUAAACAUCCAAUACUAACAAAUCCAACAAGAUGGUUAGAUAUUCAAAAGAAACAUUCAUGUGAAGUCUACCACUCACAGUAUCCAAAUUUAUUAAAUAAUUCAUUUGCGAAAGCAUUAGUAAAUGUUGAAUCAUACUCAAUUAAAAAUACAUUACCAAUUGGAUUAGGUUUACAAUUAAAAUUAAACAAUGGUCAAUUAUAUCCUAUAUUAUGGUUUGAUAAAGUUACCGAACCAACUAGUUUUAUUAUAAAUAAUAGAAAAUUGAUUAUGAAAAUGGUAUCAAGUAAAAAGAGUCCCUUUGGUUUAUUAUCAUUAAAAGCAAAAAUGAAUUAUCCAAAAAAUGUCAAAUUUGCACCAGGUUUUAUUGAUUUAGUUGAUAAAUUAUAUUUAGAUCAAAUUAAGGAGUUGUUGAAAGAUGUUGAUUCAAAAGAUGGUGGUAAAAAUGGGCUACAAUUGAUUGAUUCUCCAACAAAAUUAGGUCAAGGCAUUGUUAACAAGCUGUUGUUCAACUGUCAAGACUUGUAUGUUGAUUAUGACAAGCAUCCUAAACUAGCGCGAUUAAUUGUCUCAUAUGUUGAUUAUCUUAAGGAGUGA